AGCGUAUUGAAGGGAUCACAAGAUACCGGGCACGCACCAGGAAAGGAGGAAAACAGUAAAGGGAAACAGGAAAAGAAAAAGUAAAAAGGGAAAGAGAAAAAAGGUUGUGAGGUUGAUGAUAGGAUAAAGGAUGUCCAACGUAGAUGUGAUACAGCGCACACCUGUUGCAGCGACAGCAGCAGCAACAAUAGCAGGAGGAGCAGGAGGAGGAGGAGUAACAGGAGGAGUAGCAGCAGCAGCAGUAACGCUCCCCUCACAAUUCGACAGCAGCACCAUGGCUACCGCCGCAGCCACCGCUACAGCUGCUACUACAGCGGGCGCAGCAACUACUACGACUCCAACUCCAACACUGUCUAACGCCCAUGCCCCAGUCGCAAUGACGCCGACGAAACCCCCAGCAACCACAACUUAUUCCUCCUCCACACCAGCAUCAGCAGGGGCAACGACAUUAUCGACGACAAAACCAACCUCCUCCGCCACAACGACCACAAAAAGCGCAAUAAUAACCUCGCAAUUACUAAACCACAACAACAGCGCCGCAGCAGCAACAACAACCACAUUUCCCACGCCGCACCAAAUCGGAGUAAUAGGGAUCAAACGAUCUCGCAACGGCGACCACAAAGACGGCGGCCGGAGUUCGAAAAGCAGGCAGCGGCCCCCAAUCACCAAGAGCAUGGAGCCGCCCGUCCUAUCCUUCUACGGCACACAGCCCGUGCCCCUCCCCUCCCGCUUCGGCAGCCUGAAAAAACGCCUCGUAUCCGGCCACGAAGCCGCGCUCGAAGCCUCGUGGGGCCGGCUGCUGGCCGCGCUGCGGCAGGAGAUCCGGUACAUCUCCUCGCACGGGUCGAGCCUGAUCCCGUCGAUCGACUUCGGCGACAUGGGGGACGACGCGAAGGUGGCGCCGUUCGGGGCGCAGCUGAAGCGGCACGGGAUCGGGGUGAUCCGGGGCGUGGUGCCCUCGGCGGACGCGCGCGCGUGGGUGGCCGAGACGCGGACGUACCUCGAGACGAAGCACGAGUACAAGCCGCCGCCGGCGCAGGACCCGACGUGCUUCGACUUCUUCUGGACGCCGGCGCAGGUGCGGUCGCGCGCGCACCCGCACGUGCUGCAGGCGCAGCGCUUCGCCAUGUCCCUCUGGAACACCGGCAACGACGACCGCCUCGCCACGCGCUUCCCCAUCACCUACGCCGACCGCAUCCGCAUCGAGUCCGUGCUCGACGGCCGCCUGACCGUCAACGGCGCGCCCGCCACCCACGAGGACUCGCUCAUUGCUGCUGCGGCGGCGGCGGCGUCGUCGUCCGCCCAGAUCGCGCAGGUCGACAACGGCAGCCUCGAGCGCUGGGAGCAGGACGGCUACGGCCGCGGCGGCCUCUACGACGCCAUCUUCAAGGGCGACUGGGAGUCCUACGACGCCUGGGACCCCGCCGGCCGCAUAAACGCGACCUCGGACCUGUACAAUGGCGCGGGCGCGUGCUCGAUGAUGCGGCUGUUCCAGGGGAUCCUCGCCUUGACCGUCGUAGAGCCAGGCAUGAUCCGCCUACUACCCUCGCCCAAGCUCUCAACCGCGUACUUCCUCCUCCGCCCCUUCUUCGCCUCCAAAACCGGCCCCCCAGCCGCGGGCGCAGAAAGCGAGGCCUGGGACGCGUACCUCGACGCCUCAAACUGGGCGCUCGAAAAGGAGCAAUCGACCAUAAUCCACGGCGCAGUCCCGGGGCACGCCCAGCGCGUGACGGCGGCAUGGCACCCGCACCUGCAGCUCGACAAGAGCCUCGUGACGCCGCCGACGCUGCAGGCGGGCGACUACAUCAUCUGGCACCCGGACCAGGCGUACCAGUUCUCCAACACCAACUACCAGACCAGCAGCCGGCCGCCGACCUCCCCCGAGCCCACAAUCUCCAUGCUCGUCUACACCCCCGCCGCCCCGCUGACCCAGACCAACGCCCUCUUCCUCGCGCGCCAGCGCAAGGCCUUCCUGCGCGGGCACCCGGGGCCGGACUUCGACUCGACGGGGACCGGCCUCGGCAGCGAGGCGCCGCACACCGGGCGCCUGGGCGAGCAGGACAUCCGCGCCGUCGGCGGCGACGAGGGGCUGCAGGCGAUGGGGCUCGCGCCGUGGAAUCUGAGCGGGAGCGGGGGCGGGGGCCAGAAGUCGAAGCCGAACUCCACCCCUUCUUCUUCUUCUUCUUCUUCUUCCUCUCCUCCAUCCUCGUCCUCGACCAAGCAGAAGAAGAAGCUGCUGAAGCGGAAGAGGCCGGAGAAGGACGCAGACACGCCGAUGCCCGACGCCCGCCGGGACAGCGCAAGCCAGCAGCACGGACGCUCCCGCAGCCGCUCCCGCAGCCGCAGUCCCGGCACCUCGAGCUCGAGCCGCAGCCGCAGCUGCAGCACGCACGCGGAGGCCGAGGUGGUGCGGCUCGCGAACAUCAUCCUGUUCCCGGACCGCUACGACUUCUACAUGCCGACGCGGGCGAGCAGCCCCGCACCCAUGGCUGCUUCGCAGAGGGAUGGCAGUCACAAUCUAAGCCGCCACAGUCAUAGUCACGGUAGCAAUAGUAGCAGCAGCAAUAACAAUAGGGGAGGAGGGGGCGAGAGGGAGAGGGAGAAGGAUGGCCGUGAUGAUCUUUCUCCUGGUACUGCUACCGCUGCUUCUAUUACUACUACUACUACUACUCCUACUCCUACUCCUGCUACUAGUAGCAAUACCAACGCCCAGAAGAGGAAAGACGCCGGCGCAGAUGCAGAUCGAGAUAAAGAGCGGGAUAGAAACCCGUACCCGCCUAGCUACCUACCAAAGUAAAUAAGCGAAGAUCUGGGUAUUUUGGGGGGGGGAGAGAGAGAACAAGGAGAGAGGGGGUGGGGGG